AUGAGCUCGAAUUCCUCUACAGCGGGCUCCCACCCUUACUCCUCAGAUAUGGAGGAAUCUGACUUCCUCAAACGCAACCGUUUGAUACACUGGGCUCGCCUUGGUCUCUCUGUCUUGAUUACUAUCGCGGCCAUCGCUACCGUUGCCUGUGAGGCGGUCCCUCUGCGCCACUACAAUGACACCUCUAAAUGGUCGAGUGAUGAUCUGCCCCUGUGGCCCGUGAACUUUGACUUGCGUCCCACCAUUGCAGCACUGGCCUGCGGCUGUGUGAUUACAGCUUUGAAUUUGGUCUAUGUGGUCGCUGCCCUUCUCCCUUCGCCCCACCCCCGAAUCAAGUUGCUCAACUCGUACUCCUCCCUGUCGGCCAUUAGCGGGUUCAUCGCCGCCCUAGUCGGCAUCAUCUUCAUCAUCUACCGCCCCUCCUCAAACUACCCAUCCGGCUUCACCGAGAAUGAAACCUUGUACAGCUGGACCUGCAAGUGGAAGAAUGGAUCUGACGGACAGACAAUCCCAAUCGACUUUUCGCGGGAUUGCCACGACACCCGCGCUGGAUUCGCACUUCUUUGCCUGACCCUGGGGCUGGAAAUUCUCAUGGGUAUUGCUGCUGCCGUUGGCUCUCUGUCCCAGAAGGGUGUCUCACGGCGCAGGGAAGAGCAGUUCCAACUUGAGAAGUUGGAGAUUGCUACGAAGCAGGCUUACCGGGGUUAA